GCUUAUUAGACAACCAAUUUCUCCUCAGAAAUCUUGGACUCCUGCAGACAUGAAUUUGUUCACAUUACCUUUUUCGACACCUCUUUUGAUAUUUUAUGCGAUCCUUAGCCAAACAGAUGGGGGGAAGCUACUUGUUGCUCCUAUGGAUGGAAGUCACUGGCUCAGCAUGCGUCCUUUAGUAAAGAAACUGACAGAAAAUGGACAUGAUGUUGUUGUUGUGAUCCCGCAAAGCAGUUUAACCAUGAGUGGAUCUGAAGCAUUCACUGUACAGACCUACCCUGUUCCGUACACCAGCCAAGACAUAACUGCAAGCUUUCAGAAGUUGUCCAGAGAGCACUUCUCCUUACCCUCACAUUUCCCCUGGAUUGCUAUUGAAAUGUUAGAUAGCAUGAUGGUUGUAUUUAAUAUGUUUUACAAAUCAUGUGAGAGCUUACUGCUCAACCAGGAGCUCAUCCAAAAACUUCGGGAUGAGAAGUUUGAUGCUGUGCUCACAGAUCCAUUCUUACUAUGUGGAGUAAUAUUAGCAGAACAUCUUGACUUGCCAAAUGUGAACUUCUUAAGGGGAUUGCCCUGUGCAUAUGACUAUGAAAGUUCUCAAUGUGAAACCCCACUUUCAUAUGUACCUAGACUGUUUAGCAAGUUCUCAGACAAGAUGACCUUGAUUGAACGUGUGGAGAAUUUGGUGAUCAAGUUGCUAGAGCCAUAUUAUUGUAGAGUUAUGUAUUCUCAAUGGGUGAGAUUGGCUACACAGCUCCUGAAAAAAGAUGUCACCCCUGUACAACUUCUCAGCAGAUCUUCCAUUUGGCUUCUAAGAUACGACUUUGUCUUUGAGUACCCAAAAACAAUAAUGCCGAACAUGGUUUUUAUUGGAGGCAUCAACUGCAAACUGCCAAAGUCCUUGUCCAAAGACUUUGAGAAGCUAGUGAACAGCUCUGGUGAACAUGGCUUUGUGGUUUUCUCCCUGGGAUCGAUGGUGUCUGAGAUUCCUAUGGACAAAGCAAUGGAUAUGGCAGAAGCAUUCAGAUCCAUUCCUCAAACGGUUAUAUGGAGAUACACAGGGAAAGUGCCUUCAAACCUGGGAAGUAACACCCACCUGGUGAAAUGGCUGCCACAAAAUGACCUGCUCGCUCAUCCAAAAGCCCGCGCCUUUAUUACCCAUGCGGGGUCACAUGGAAUCUACGAGGGUAUCUGCAAUGCGGUCCCCAUGGUUAUGUUACCCCUCUUUGGUGACCAAAUGGAUAAUGCUAAGAGAAUGGAGUCUCGAGGAGCUGGAGUGACACUCAAUGUUUUGGACAUGACACCAGAAGACCUUAUUAACGCUCUUGACUCUGUGAUAAAUAAGCCAAGCUACAAGGAGAACAUUCAGCGAUUGUCCGCUCUGCAUCUGGACAGACCAAUUCAUCCUCUAGACCUUGCAGUUCACUGGGUAGAGUUUGUCAUGAGACACAAAGGUGCGCCCCACCUGCGACCAGCCGCUCAUGAUCUGAACUGGAUACAGUACCACUCCUUAGAUGUCUUCGCCUUCCUCCUUGCAGUUCUGGUCACCACGUUCUUCAUCAGCUUCAAAUGCUGCACCUACACCUGCAGACGAUGCUGUGGCAGAAAGUCUAGACCGAAGUCCAAAUCCAAAUCCAAAAAAGAAUAGCGUGUGCUUAUGUAAAACUACUAGAAUUAUUGUGGAAUAGGCUUCUACCCAAUAAUGUGAAUUUCAAACAAUUUUUUUUAUACUUUUAUUGCUAAAUUGCUCCUGAGAAAACACUUGUGCAACUUGCCUUAAAGAUCAGUCCUUCAAU